GCUAAAACUUCAAUUCAUAGCAUUAUUUGAAGCUAAAUUAAAUCUCAGACUCCUAUCUUGACAGGAUCUCCAAAGGAACUGAGGCUUUUGGUGGUCGGUAGCAGCGGACCCUCUCAGUUCCAACUAACCAAUGCUAUACUUGGAAAGGAGGCUUUUUCAAAGGAUGUUAUCAGUAUUUCUGCAAGUGUGAAGAACAAGGGAGAGCUGUCUGGUCGACCAGUAGCAGUGGUCAACGGACCAAAUAUGUAUGACAAGGAUAUAACUCAUGUAAAGAGGAAGAUGGAGCUCAGGAGGUCUAAGUGUUUAGUUAUACCUGGUCCCCAUGCCUUUCUUGUUGCCUUUGACAUUGAGAAAAUCUCCCCAAAUGACAUGAAAACUCCUUGGCUGCUAAAAAGACGCUUUGGAGCAAACUGCCUGAAACACUGCAUGGUUCUCUUUGCCUAUGAAGGAAAUUUGGAUGGAGCUUCUCUGGAAAACAGGGUGAAGAAGACUGAAUGGUAUCUGAGAGAACUGAUUGAGAAGUAUGGCGGGCGCUUUCAUGUUUUCAAGAAGAACUGGAGAGAUCGAAGCCAGGACAAGGAGUUUCUGCGAAAGAUUGAGUUGAUGGUGGCUUCGUUGGGAGGGGGACACUUCUCCAGCAGAACUUUCCAAACGGCAGAGGACAGUGUGAGGAAGGAGGAGAAAAGGCUCAGGAAACAGAAGGCAGAGGAGAUAAAGCGAACAUGGAAUGAGAUGGAGCAGCAGUAUAUGCCAGAGGAGUUGUGUUUUCAGAAGGAUGCCUACAUCGCCAAUGUACGUGCAGAGAUUCAGGCUAAGGCAGAGCUUGAUAACGGUUGGCUCAGAACAUCCCUGGCCAGAGGGCUGGGGACUGGUUUAGUUGUGGGGGCCGUGAUUGGUGCACUUUUUGGAUCUAUUGAGGGGGUGGGAGGAAUAGUUCUUUAUGGUGUUAUAGGUGGGGUGGUUGGUGGAUCUGCAGGCGGAACUGCUCAUGUGGCAAUCAAGCAUAUGGAGAACAGAGUUGCCCCACCAGCUAGACUCAAUUUUAAUUCUAUCUUCAUUAACCGUUUCUUUGCAGUUCCUCGUACAUGACAGGAUGAUUACUUAAUUUUUCUGUGUAGAAAUAAAUGUUUGGCUUUUGCUUAUUUGUGCCGAAGUUGAAACACAUGGAGUCAUUUCUCAUUCAUCAUGUUUUGUUUUGAUUGAGGCUUUCUUCUGAUGCCUCAGUUUGUUUAAGCAUUUUUUUUUUUUUUUACCUAUUUUGAAAGUCUUUGAAAGGUAUUUCUUAGAACAUUGAUUGCUUUUCACUUAGUUUUCACAGGUUUGACAGGCAACUAUGGGCCCAUAUAACAUCCCACUCCAUGCCCACCAUGGAGGAUAUGUGAUGCUGUGGGCUUGUCUGUCUUUCUAAAUGACUUAUAACCUUGUGUGCGUGGCAUUAUGAAUUCUUUAAAAUACAUUUUAUUUCAGUGUCCUCCAGCAUAAAUUAAACAAACCAUAAUGAUCCAAACAUAGAGAUAUCUGGACCUAUCUGGACACAGAGAUAUGUCCUAGAAAUCUGAACAAUCUACUAAGACUAUGUAAAGAGGAAUGAAAAUGGUGAUUUUGCUGAACAAUUAUUUUUCAAUUUUAAUAUGUCUGCAAUAAGAACAAAGACAUGUAUUCA